CCAUUCACCAAGAGUGGUACACUCGAUCGUCGUCACACUACAUCGUUUCGAACAUCUGACAGACUGAAAAAAAUUACGUAAAUAUUACAACAGUCGCACAUUGAUUAUGAAACGUUGGCAGCGGCGGUCGCUCUAGCGUCUAUUACUUACACGAAUCCUUAAAUUCAGUGCUCGGUGUCCACGUAUUGUUUUAGUGCGACGUGUUUGACCCUGGUGAUUUUAUUUUAUAUAAUUUCCUAACCCUGUUUCUUAGUGUUCGGGCGCCUGUGCUUGUGUUUUAUUUUUCCGGAUUGGAUUAUAACAAUUACACUUGAUACGAAAAAACGAGAUGAUUUCAACGUAAAACGUUGUGCCAAUUUUCUGUGCCAAAAUGAAAUACUCAAGAAAUGGCUGGACUUUUGUGAAAUUUUAAAACGUUCGCGUGAACGAGAGACUCUUUUUCAAAAGUAUCAAUGGUACGGUGAAAAUAGUAGAAUAAAAUGGGGCGGCGACGUUGGAGAUUUGCGACAAUUGUCGCUUUCCUGCUUUUUAUAACAAAAGACACGCAGUGUCAAGAUGAAAACGACUUUUAUUACACACCGGAAAGAAGUUUUGCUCAAGUACAACCGUCUAUAUUUCCAAACAGUCGACCGGCAACAUCGUUCUUUGAGCAUGGUGAUAAUUAUAGAGUAGCGUCCGCACCACAACAGCCCCUAUAUAAUGAAGGGCGUGUAAGAUUUCCGGUCCCAAACUAUGAUCAGAAUCCUUCGCCUUUUCAAUUACCGACAGGCAGAAGUCAGUCUGGUACACAGUAUUACAUCAACCAACCUGAAUUUACGACAUCGCAACGGCAAAGGUUUAGGCCCUCCCUACCUUAUAAUUUUCAACUUGUGCAUCCUGCUUCUACAAAGAGACCAGAUGUGUCACAAAUACAUUCCGUCGCUUACCAAAAUGACCCAUCAAAACCUGAAACAUUUUUAGGACAAAUUACAUUAAAUAAUCCUGACAUAGAUUAUCUUCAAAAUAACAGAUAUAAAAAUUUACCUUUUGAUGGAAACAGUCUUAAAAGCAAUGGGCAAAGCGGUCAUAUUGUACACGACGACGAAAUCGAUAACGAUGAUCAAGACAUAUUUGAUCGUCACAAAGUUACAACAUACAAUCCAACUAAACUUGCAGGUAGACAAAAAAUCAAUAUCAAGCCAAACAAUUCCAGAUUUUCUCACUUUGAUUCUCCUUCUUUAGACCUAAAAAAGGUUUCUCCGAUUGUACCGGGAAAUAAAUACAAUAUAAAUAGUAAUUUUAAGACUAUAAAAAAUACUCCUAUUACUUACCAUAGUUCUUCUACAGAAUACAAAACACUUUUAGAUUUGGAACCUCUUCUUGAAGAUGAUAUUAGUGAUAUGAGUUCAUUUAGAGAAUUGAUGAAAAACAAUCAAGCAUCUUACGAUGUGCAAGUUAUAAAAUCGAACAACACUGUUGAAACAGAUGACAGCAAGCCGGAUGCAAGUUCAAUGAACCAAGAUAAUAUACCAAAUGAUUCUGCCCCAAUGUUGAUGUCUCUCGAAUCUUCGACAAAAACAUCUACAACUAUUACUACCCCAACUACUACAACAUUUAAAACCAAUGAUUCUGAUAACACUCAUGAAGAUCUCAAUGAAGAUGUUGAUGAAGAAGGGGAGUAUGUUGAAUACUAUGAUGAUGAAGAUGAUACUGAGGUAAAACAUACAACAACCUCAAAAACUAUUAAGACAUCUGUUGAACCGGUUACAGAUAUCUAUGAUGAAUACGAUGCCACUGAAGAACCAGAGAAAGUGUCUGAAGAAAUUAAAAUAAAUACUACUAAGUCUUUUGAUGUAUUAGUAAUGAAACCGAAUAAUACAAUGGUAAAAGAUGAUAAUUUCAAACAUUUUAUUGAUACGACGGUUAUUGAUCGUCCAGAACAAGGAAACGAUAGUGAUACUACAGCACCGAGUUUGAAAUUUACAUUUUCAAAAGAAGAUGUUUCAUCUAUUGAAACACCAUCCAUUUUAGGUCAAGAAGUUGUCUCAGUUGUUACCACUAAAAGUGUUGUAAAUGGCACUAUUUCAAUACCGGACGUUACAUACCCACCUACACCGAAAUCAGCUGUUACUUUUGCAAUGAAUAAUGAAAAUAAUGAUUCUUUCCCAAUCACAACAGAAAAUUGGAUCGUGGUUGCCUCUGUCCAAACAAGUCGAAGUGUUUCUGGCGCUCGCUUCCUUCCUUUUCCAACAGUUGAACAAGAAGAAAAGAAACAAGUAUUAACAGAAGACGAAGAAGAUGAAUCUAUAACUCAAAAUCCAAAGCACGAUUCUAGUAGUCUUAUUAACAGUUCAUCAUCUACUGAAAAUAUAAACGAUAAAUUGGAUAGCAUACAAUCAGAAUUGUCUAGCGCAGUUUUAUCUGGAAGCCUUAAUAAAGAAAAUAAAAAUAUAGAGUUAAUAACAGAAACGACAACAGAACAAACUACUAAGCCAAGCAGCACCACUACUACUACUACGACUACUACAACGACCACUACCCCUGCGACAGUAAAUGUAUUUACUUUGAAAAGUACACAAUUCUCUGUUGCCACAGAAAGAUCUUCUCCAGACCCAUUACCGGUACAAAUAAAGAAAUUUGCUCAUAGAUUGACCACUUCAACUACACCAAAACCGAAAAAGAAAUUAGUAACAGUUAUGGACGAUCUCUCGGGCUUACUACCUCCAGGAUACAAACCAAGACAAUCUUUUAAAGAUAAGCGUACUAGUACUACGACAACAACAACAUCAAUUACUACAACAAUGAAGCCUACAACUAGCACAAGCACUUCGUUUCCUACAAUAACUAAUGAUGCGAAAAUUAUAAAUGGAACUCAAGGUCGUUCCUCUGGUAUAAGUUCUAAAAACAAAGUUAUCAUAUUAGAUGAUAAAUCUCUACUUCCGAAAGAAUAUAAGCCUAAAGAAAGAACUCCAGAUGAUUUAUUCAAAAAGUUCCAAAAAGAUGAUCUUAGUAAACUUUUACCACCAGGAUUUAAACCAGAAGUUAUCGAAACUAAUAAUAAUGAAAACAAAGACAAACAAGAUAUUUUGAAAAAUGUUGAAAAAUUAGAUAUAUCAGCAAUCUUACAAAAAAGUUUUAAACUUAAUACUUCAACUACAACAACAACUGAAAAAUCUAAAAUUAUACCGAAGAUCCCAAUAAAAGCAGUACCAGUUGACAUUUCUGCCUUAUUACCACCAGGAUACAAUCUCAAUAAUAGUAAAACUGAUGAAGCUCCAAUUGUUAAAUUGAAAUUAGCUGACGUUACAAAUUUACUGCCUCCUGGAUUUAAUUUGAAUACUUCAGAAGAUACUACAUCGAGUACAACAACGGCAUCUUCAGGUGGUUUUAAAUUAGUAUUUCCUUCGAGGCCUAACGGAAAAGCUAGCAGAAAAACUACAACUCAAAAAUCAAGCUCAGGUCCAGCACAAGUAACUCCAAAGAUUCAAAAGGGUUGGCCAACGCGAGCUUCAACUGAAUUUACUGGUUGGCCAUCACCUUCAACAACUCCUUUCUCUAUUGAACGACUGCUUGAAAUGCAACGCAACGCGACUUCUACGACCCCAGAAAUUGAAAUAAGGACCGAAUCAACGACACGGCGACUAAUAACCUCGACUACAACGACAACAGCACCUCCUCAACCAACUACUCCUGGAAUCUGUCGCCAUGAAUGCGAUAUAGCAGCUACGAUAAAAAUAGUUUCAGGAGUCAAAUGGGUCCCAGAAUUUUUGGAUCAACAUACAAAAGAAUGGCAAAAACUAGCUAAGGAGGUGAAAGAGGAGCUUAAUUCCGUCUAUUCAAAAUCGGAUCUGCUAAGCAAAUGGUACAAAGGCAUUCGCAUAGAUGGAUUCAGUCAAGGCUCCGUUCUCGUCGAUUAUUUUAUUGAACUUAAUAAUGUGGAACAAAGAGUCGAUACAACACAACUGAAGAAAUUCUUCCAUAAAUCCCUUCACGAAGCAAAAUCUGGUUCGGUGAUGGAAGAAGAACUCAUCGAUACCUUCGACCCUGACGCAAUGUUAGGAGACCAACCAGAUGAGGAGAGAAUGAGAAAAAGUAACGAACAGAUGACCAAAACUAUUGACAAAUCUGCAGGGAAAUUGGAAAUGGGAAAAUUUGUUAUGGAUCCAGCAUACACUGAAUUUAUUGUUUUGCCAAAACGCGAAGAACCUACUGUUGCUGUUCCUGACGAAGAAUCUCUUCUUCCACAGUGGGGCAUUGCUGUAAUUGUUAUAGCUCUAGCAUCGCUUCUUUUCGUCGUUAUAUUUGGUGUUACUGUGCUUGUUAAUCGCCAAAAAAGUACUAAAACAAAACAGCCUAUUCCACUUAGUGAAGACAUGUUACGAGAACUCGACAAAAGUCACAUGGGUGGAUUUGAUGACAUGCAUCAGUUGAAAGAACGAGAUUUACCAUACAUACCGUCCGGAAAGCGUAUGUCAACCGCCUUCAUUGAGCAACUGGCAUAUACAAAUCCUGGAGAUUCGUGGCGAUCAGAAUGGACUCCACAGUUACAAAAGCAUAUGCAACAUUAUACACCUGAUUCUGGGCGGGGAUCGCAAAUAUAUGGCACCACAGGCAAUGGAUAUGGAGGAUCGCAGCUUUACGGGCAGGCGGGCGCAGGAUCACAAGUAUACGGUUACACAGGGGAGUUCCCUCGUUCACACUACUCACGACGCCGCUCCGACUACGAUAGCAACUUCUAGAACUUCCCUAACAUUACAAAUUAAACUUAACCCCUUGACAAUAUCAUCUUUAAACUUCGUGUUUAGAAAUAGAAAAUAGUUUCAGAAUUAUUAUUUAGAUGUUCAUAAACAUCUUCUAGAGUUGGGUACGAAAAUCGACUUUACCAAUUUCCUACAAAUAUAAGCCCAGCUUAAAUCAUUAACAGGUUGUGAAAUAGGUAUGCUCUCAUUAUUUAUAUAUAAAUCAUGAAAUUCAAUUUCAUAACAGUUGCCCAACAUUUUUCUAGAUCUAUUUUUAGCCGCUUAUAGUCCGGCCUAUAUCAUAAACUACAUUUUGUGCCAAACGGGAAUUAACUUUCAAUAUUAUAGCUAACGUAAUAGUAAUAGAACUAACAAAUUAAUCUGAAUGGCCUAAAAUUGUAAUGGCUAUUUGAUAAUUAUUAAUUAUUUGAAAUUAUAUAAAACAGAAGAUUUAAAAGUUGAUCCGUAAAAUUUAAGAGAAUCUGCCAAAAUAGUAACUUGACUGAUCGUGAGAUGUAAAUAGAUAGAAUAAGGUCUCACCAAUAUUGUAAGUCGGAAUAAGGUGAGUCUAUACAGAACCCUGUAGAUAUCUUUGCAUACCUAUAUUUGCUCAGAAUCCGUAGUUUCAUUGGCAAUGUGACAACGUGUAAUAGUGUGCUAACAAAAAAUUGGUAUGUAAAUAUUGUGAAAAAAAUGCGUUAUUCUUUGAUAUUAUGUGACGUGAGUUCGAUUAUGUGUGUAAUGUAGGCGACAGACCAGAUGACUAGUAACCUAACUAUAUUUAGAGUGAAGUGAUUAAGGCCCUGAUCGACAUGCGAGCUUUACCGCGGUUUUAAUAUCUCGCUGGUAAAGCUCGCUAGUGGAUCAUGGUAAAACGUUUAUCGUGAUGAUGAGCCGAGCUUGCGACUCGUUGAAAUAAAACUACCCUAUAAUAUUUAUCAUGAACAAACUCUAUAGGACAACGGUUGAACUCGGCCGUUUAUCAGGACCGAUGAGCCGCGAGUGAAACCGCCUUAAUUAGUCGCAAGCGCUCAUCGAUCAGGGCCUUUAGUUAUAUAUAGACGAUCGAAUUGAAAUGUCAAACAAUGUAUGUUGUUGUUAUUAGAGAUUAUAUUUCGCAUGCUACGCUUGAGAUGGGCUCUUUUUGAGUAUUAGCCAAAGGAAGUCGAUAAGGUCGAGGUAUAAUUCAAUUAUAAUUUGUUGAUUUUGUUCGAAUCUGUUCAAGAUUACGUUGUUAAAAGGUGGCUUACUGCCAUUAUUGUGCCACCUUAAACGUAAUUUUUAUUUAUAUUACAAGCUUUAAUUUAGUAAUGAAAAAAUCUCGACUGCAUGCAUAGAACUGACACCGUUAAUUAAAAUUAAGAAAAAUGUAAGACGAUUUAAUUUUUUUUUUAUUUUACCAUGUAUAUUCCUUCUUAGUAAUAUUAAUGAUUCUAAUAUAUGACAGUUUAUAUGUCAUUAAUACUAAAAUAUUUGACGCAGUCGACGAAAAAAGUUUUAAUGCAUGAAUUACAAUUCUAUUUAAAAUGAAUUUAAUACUCCGAUAGAAAACGAAUUUUUGUCUCUUAAUUAUAUUAAUAAUUGUCAAUUUAUUGUAAAUAUGGUAAAAAAAAUAUAAUAAAUCUCGUAUUGUUUUUAAUAUUUGUGCGUGUUGAGCAUUUUCAUGUUUGUAUUUUAAUGUUUUUCAUGGACCUUGAUGUUAAUUGUAAAUUCCUUGCGUGUCAAACAUUUACCAACUAGAUAAUUAGAAUUAUUAACGUAUAUGCAUGAAAGUUUUUGUAUAUAAACAUUUUUGUACAUUUAGAUCUUUAAUUUAAUUAUUAUAAUAAUAGUUAGUUACAAAUUAAACCUGUAAGAUCCUGAAUAUAGUAUAUAAUAAUA